AUGGCUCCUAGAACAGCAGAACCCCCAGCUAAAAGACGGCGGAGGCGAAAACCCGCGAGAACUGAAGACCUUUCUUCUGACUCGUCGUCGUCUUCAGAUUCAUCUGAUCUUGACAUGUCCGACUCUUCAGAUGAAGAACAAGAAAAAAGCUCUGUUUCUAAAUCAAAUUCCCAAAAUGAAUCAGAAAUCAGCAAAAGAAUACCACAAAAUGACAUUCUCGAUGGUGCAGAUGUUAAGAUGGAACUUGAAAUAAGUGAUGAUAUUGCACCAUCACGGCUAUGGGCCUCGCAUAAAUUUUCAGAAGAAGAUGAUGAAGAUGAUGAAAACAAGCACCCCAAAGAGCGUCUUGGUGAUGAGGAAACUGAGGAGAUACUGAAUCCUGAUGUUAAAGACAACAAAGAGGCAUUUACAGAAUACUACCUAGGAUUAAUGACUGGAGGAAGUUUUGGUGACGAUCUGAAUAAAGCUAGACAAAGUAAUGACUUCAACAACAAAACAUCGAUGCCCCUUUUAAUCGCAGCACUCAAGGAAGGUGUGAAUAUGUUUGAUAAGGAGCAGCGGGAUCUGAUUUUAUCGGCGCAAAAUAAGGAAACUGUAUAG